AUGGGGCGGGGUGAUGGAAAGGGGAGAAUGGGGCGGGGUGAUGGAAAGCGGGAGAAUGGGGCGGGUGUGAUGGAAAGCGGGAGAAUGGGGCGGGGUGAUGGAAAGCGGGAGAAUGGGGGCGGGGUGAUGGAAAGCGGGAGAAUGGGGCGGGGUGAUGGAAAGCGGGAGAAUGGGGCGGGCGGGAGAAUGGGCGGGGUGAUGGAAAGCGGGAGAAUGGGCGGGGUGAUGGAAAGCGGGAGAAUGGGGCGGGGUGAUGGAAAGCGGGAGAGAUGGGGCGGGGUGAUGGAAAGCGGGAGAAUGGGCGGGGUGAUGGAAAGCGGGAGAAUGGGGCGGGGUGAUGGAAAGCAGGAGAAUGGGCGGGGUGAUGAAGGAGGGAGAAUGGGGCGGGGUGAUGGAAAGCGGGAGAAUGGGGCGGGGUGA